AGAGGCUCAGUAGAUGCCUUCAUCGUCGUGUUGGUGCGGCUGGCUGUCUGUUGUGCGCCGGUUGGCCAGGACGGGGCGUGGCCAACCCUCACUUCACUCGCAGCCGCGAUGCGAACUUGUCUACUCGCCUGCUUACUGCUGGUAACAGCAUCGUCGUUCGUCGAUGCCAAGAAGAAGAGUGACCUCGACGAGCUCGAGAGCCUCUUGGAGAACAUCGAUGAGGAUCAAGACAACGAUGAAGCAGCAGCAGCAGCUAAGCCGACGAAGAAGCCAGUAGCUGUUCUGAAGAAUCCCUGCGAAGACCAUGUCUGUGGAUGGGGAAAGGAAUGCGUCGUCGGCAAAAAGGGUGAACCGCACUGCGAGUGCAUCAGCAAAUGCCCCGAACUUGACGGUGAUCCAAUGGACAAGGUGUGCCGCAACAACAACGAGACUUUCGUUUCUGCCCUUUUGCGAGCUUCACCGUGA